GGCUUUCUCGAGUAAGGCGUGUGUCCCGGACGUUGCCUGUCAUAGACGUUCAGAGUUUGUUUUCGCAGCGCAGCUUCAGUUUCCUCGUCAAACAUGGACUUCGACUUAGCUUCAGCCGUUGAAAAGGACGGAGAGGUGAAGAAGGCUGAGGGCCAACAAGUGGAAGGCAUCUUUGGUUUUGGAAAGAAAGACAAGGACAAGGAAAAGAAGGGCGAACACAAGGAUAAAGACAAAUGUAAGGAGAAGGACAAGUGCAAGGACAAAGACAAGGAGCACAAGAAGUCUAAAGACAAAGAACACAAAAAGCCCAAAGAGCAUAAGAAGCCCAAGGAGCAUAAGAAGCCCAAAGAGCAUAAGAAGGGAGGCCAUGGCUCAUCUUCCUCCUCCAGCGACAGUGAUUAGGGCUGAGAGCUCAGCUGAAGGAGGACGAUCUGACUGCCCACACAUUUAAUGCAUUCUGUGUAACACAUACUGUGUAUAUACUUGUAAUAUUAGGAAAAACAAUAAAUACACUUUCUGAGUUAACACA